AUGAAGACAACAUCACUACUACUACUGACUGCUCUCUUGAGUGGUGGCGCUGUCAUGGCACAAACACAACCACCACAAGCAGCUACAUCUACUGCCAGUGCAUUCCAAGUGGGCGACGAGAUUUGCGUGGAAGGCUACGUGAUGGAUUUUUUCUGCAUUGAACGCGGGACGCUAUUGGACAAUCCUCGCGUGAUGACACUGGAAGAACCCGAGCGACACAGUGUGCAUUGUUUGGUGGAUAUCCGACCGUGCUUCAAUUCGCCGUUUGAAGUCUUGUAUCAGUUGCCCGACUCUCAAAUUACGUCCAACUUGCGCUACGCCCGUGGCUGGCGAUUGGAUGAUGCUUCCAAAGAACAAACGAUUGCCUUGGCACGAUCCGUGGGACGUCCCAAUGCCGACCAACGCUGUACGUCGUGUACCGGAGAAGGAAGUUUGGACGAAGGAUUUCAUGCCGGCAUCGUGGCGACCGUCGUGGAAGUGGCAGCCGACAGUCCGGCCGUGAUUAGCAUUCAACAAAUCCAACAUACCAUGCAGGGCGAUGGAUACUGUCAAGGACUGGGAUUGGUGGCAGCCGCGCCGGGAGCUGUCAUUGUCGAUUCCGGAUCCAAUUUUGAUCAAGUGGCGCGACUUCACGGUGCUUUGAUGCUGAUUGGAUGGGGGUGGUUGCUGCCUUCCGGUGUCAUUGUCGCCAAGUUUUUCAAACAUCGACCCGAUGGACUCUGGUUUCAAAUUCACCGGGCGUGUCAGAUCAUUGGAUUGCUCUGUACCAUUCUUGGAUUUGCCAUUGGUGUCAAUAAUUUUGAUGCCUUUGGAGCCAAGGGAGAAAUCAGUUACACGCAUGCUGUAUUGGGAACUACUACGAUGGUGUUGGGAAUGUUCCAACCCUUGAAUGCCUUUAUAAGGCCUCAUAAAAAUGAAGAGGGAGAAGCACCCAGUGCGUUGCGGACCGUUUGGGAAUUGGUGCACAAGGGAUGUGGGUAUAGUGCCAUUGUAUUGGCCGUCGCGACCAUUGGCAUUGGAACUACCUUGCUGCCCACGGAAAACGACCAACGAGCCUAUCAAAUGGCAUAUGGAAUUGGAGGCGGGAUCUUGCUGCUCGGAUUGUUGGGUUAUACGUUGUUUGACAAGUCCAACUACCAAGAAGUGUCCCAAACCAACAAGGACGCCACGGAAAAUGCUGAUAAUCACGCGUAG